AUUUGUCCGGUUGGAAACACGUCCCCGUCUACAAAGUGCCGGGUAAUGCAGGAAGCGACGGCGAGCGUGCGGAGGAAUGUUAUGCAGGAAGCGGAAGUGGUGGGGAGAGGAGCACGAAGACGAUGAACAACAAAUUUGAUGCUCUGAAGGACGAUGACAGCGGGGAUCAUGACCAGAACGAGGAGAACGGCACACAGAAAGACAGUGAGAAGGAAAAGAACGACAAGGACAAGAACCAGGGCUCCUGCAAGAAGAAGACAGUCGUGCCAGGUCCAGCAGAGCAUCCAUUACAGUACAACUAUACAUUCUGGUAUUCCCGCAGAACUCCAGGAAGACCAACAAGCUCUCAGAGUUAUGAACAGAACAUCAAGCAGAUUGGAACCUUUGCCUCUGUGGAACAGUUCUGGAGGUUCUAUAGCCACAUGGUCCGCCCCGGUGACCUGACCGGACACAGUGAUUUUCAUCUUUUUAAGGAAGGGAUCAAACCAAUGUGGGAGGAUGAUGCAAACAAGAAUGGAGGAAAGUGGAUAAUCCGCCUUCGUAAAGGACUGGCUUCUCGCUGCUGGGAGAAUCUCAUUCUAGCGAUGUUAGGGGAGCAGUUUAUGGUUGGGGAGGAGAUCUGUGGGGCAGUUGUCUCUGUCCGUUUCCAGGAAGACAUCAUUUCUAUCUGGAAUAAAACUGCAAGUGACCAAGCAACGACAGCACGGAUCCGAGAUACUUUACGCCGAGUUCUGAAUCUGCCUCCGAAUACAGUCAUGGAAUAUAAAACACACACAGACAGCAUCAAGGACAAGACAAGUUUCCGAAACACAAAAAUUGCAUUAUGAGAGGUCAUUGUCAACCGCUGUGCUGACGUGUUGCUAGGUCUCAAUUCAUCACUCCCACUUUUGGACAAUAUUCUGCAUGUGUUCUAGUGACACCGUUAACCCAUUCACUGCCAGAGGACCUAGUAAUUCCUGCCCAAAAAAAUGGCAAUAUGUUGUGUGACCUCGGUCAGAGAUGUGGGGGAGAAGGGUCUUCCUGUCACUCUGCUCCACCAACCCUCACUUUGUAUGAGAUGUGCAAACGCUGCUUUACUGGGGAGAAAGAAAAGCACUAAAAUGUUACAUUUAAUCCUUUUUUUAUUUGUGGUUUUAUUUUUUUUAAGGGAUAGCAGAUGGCAUGAAAUUUUUUUUUUUAACCAUUGUUUACCUGUAAUUUCUGUGUCAGUGGAACUUGCAUUUUCCUGACCAGCAAAUCUCUGCUCCCAAAAUUUGCCUUGUAAUGUUUCUGCAGCACUUUGUUAGUUUCCUUUCAUGUUUUACGCAAAGGAUUUUGUCUGUGUAUGAUAAUAGAAAUCACCACCGUAUCAGACCCAUUACUGAGACAUAUCAGUAUUAUUAUAAGUGUUGGUGUACAAGGUUUAACCUUUAUUUCAGCUGUACAUAUAUCCCAAUGUCAUCUCUAUUAAAAUAUUGGGUCUUUAGUC